AUGAGCUGCCUGGUGUUGCCAUUAGUAAGCGUAGGGAAUAUACCACAAUUGAGUAUUGACUGGCUGCUGAAUUCACAAGCAAAUGAAUGGGAAUAUUUGGAGGCGUUAGAUUCGAAAUACCUAGUGGAAUUUGUGGGACCAUUAGACAGACCAGAGGAUGGUAGCGACUCGCUAUAUAAAGACGCUGAUAUGAAGUAUAGCAGCGCUUUGGAAGUUUUCUACAAUAAGAAGCGAGGACUUUUUGCCAUACAGCAACGAACACCACUCGUGUCCGUUAACUAUCUGAAUAAUUUCAUCGUAGAGAUCAUCUUGCCGUUCUUGAGCAAGUAUAAUAUAUCGGAAAUAUGCAUUUGGGACUCUCUAUAUGCAAUGGAGGAUGAAAAUGGUGUGAUUGUACGUCCACAGGAGGUAUAUUCGCUCGGAGAGUUUUAUUUCGACGAUGAAGCUGAGCUUUUAUCGAACCUCCAUCUAAACGAUCAAGAGUCGAUGGUCAAUAACUGGUUACAUUUUACUCCUACCAGUUUCCAAGACAAGAUAUCCGUUGAUCAGCCGAUCUUCAAAAUACUUUUCCAAAUACUGAAUGCGUCGCAGAGGCCUAAAGCCCUCCGCAGCAUUAAGUACUGUAGUUGUUUGGCCAAUGAGGGGGACAACUCAUUAGAUUCUCAACAGUUCUUACAAUGGAUAAUCUCUCAAAAAGUUAUCAAAAACGCGCCACCAAUUGUAAAGUUUGUCAGGCCUAUAUCAUGGCAAGGUGCAUACGGAAUGGCGGAUGCAAGAGAUAAAUUUGUAGAUUUAUACAAUUGA